GAGAAUGAAUGGAAUUUGGCGCCACUUGGACCAGCUAUAGAAACCCAGGAGCUCGAAGAAAAGAUUUUGCGACAAUUGAAAGCUUCCACUUCCAAGCAUGCCAUCACCAUCACUUAAUCCUGGCCGAAAUAUGUGUUCUGUCUGCCGUCUGCUUCUUCGGCUUCACAAGAGGCAUUGGGAUGCUCUUGCUAACUGGAGGAAUUACUCCCAAGCCAACAAGCACGAGCCUCAUGGACAAGUGGGGAAAACAACCCAUUUGAAAAAUAGGGCCGAGAAACAGAAGCGGCAGCGGGAGAGGCUGGCAUCCAUUGAAGCUGGACUGACUGCUGGGAUGAAGGUUGAGUGUCCAAGCCAAGGCAAAGGCAGAGGUGCGAGAGACAUGGCUCUGUAUGACAUCCCAACUGUACCUGGUGAAAAGAAAGACACUUCGGGGGCUCUGCCCAUCUCCUAUAGCCCACGCUAUGUUGAAGCUGCUUGGUAUGAUUGGUGGGUGAAAGAAGGAUUUUUCAAACCAGAAUACCAGCAUCAUUUGCUGAAUCAGAAGCCAGAAACAUUUUCUCUCUCUAUUCCUCCACCUAACGUCACAGGGUCUCUGCACCUGGGUCAUGCUUUGACUGUGGCUAUUGAAGAUGCUUUGGUACGGUGGAAAAGGAUGCAAGGCUAUAAAGUUCUGUGGGUUCCAGGUUCAGAUCACGCUGGAAUUGCCACUCAGGUUGUGGUAGAAAAAAAGAUCUGGAAGGAGCAGGGAGUCCGGAGAAAAGACCUCACGCGAGAGGCAUUCCUCCAAGAAGUUUGGAACUGGAAAGAAGAAAAAGGGAAUGAAAUAUUUCAGCAGCUAAAGGUGAUGGGAGCAUCACUGGAUUGGGACCGAUUCUGUUUCACCAUGGAUUCUAGAUUCUCCCAGGCAGUGACUGAGGCUUUUGUGCGACUGCAUGAGCAAGGCCUGGUAUAUCGGGACAGGCGCCUGGUGAACUGGUCGUGUGCUCUGCGGUCAGCCAUCUCUGAUAUUGAGGUGGAGAACAGGCAGCUUGAAGGACGGACAGAGCUCUCAGUGCCUGGUGUCCCAGGCAAGGUACCAUUUGGGCUCUUGGAGACAUUUGCAUAUAAGGUGGAAGGAGAGGAAGAUGAGGUGCUCCCUGUGGCCACAACCCGCCCAGAGACGAUGUUAGGAGAUGUAGCGGUUGCUGUCCAUCCAGAUGACCCACGAUAUACACAUUUCCAUGGGAAGAGACUCUGCCAUCCAUUCACUGGGCAGCUCAUACCUGUCAUUACAGAUCCCUUAGUGGAGCAGGAGAUGGGUACAGGGGCUGUGAAAGUGACACCAGCUCAUAGCUAUGCUGACUAUGAAUUAGCUCAUCGGCAUGGACUGCCUUUGGUUUCAGUGAUUGAGGAAGAUGGUACAAUGACUGCAGAGUGUGGGGAAUGGCUGCAGGGCCAGAAUAGGUUUGUGGCUCGAGAGAAGGUAUUGGCUGCUUUGAAGGAGAAAGGUCUUUACGGAGGUGCAAAAGAACAUCCCUUGGUGCUUCCUCUUUGCAGUCGCUCGGGGGAUGUGAUUGAAAUUCUCCUAAAGAACCAGUGGUUUGUCCGAUGUGAAGCAAUGGCUCAGAAGGCCUUAGAGGCUGUGGAAUCUGGAUGCUUGAAGUUAAUGCCUGAAUUUCAUGAGAAGACCUGGAAGACUUGGCUCUUGAGUACCGGCGACUGGUGUAUUUCUCGCCAGCUCUGGUGGGGUCAUCAGAUUCCAGCCUAUCGAGUUACUGUUUCUGGGCCACCUGGCAUUGAAGAGGAGGAGAGUGAUGGAUCCUGGGUAGUGGGUAGAACAGAAGCAGAAGCUCGGAGAAAAGCAGCAGGCAUGCUGGGAAAAUCAGAAAAGGAUCUGGUGCUGGUGAGAGAUGCGGAUGUCUUAGAUACCUGGUUCUCCUCUGGCCUCUUCCCUUUUGCUGCACUGGGCUGGCCCCAUGAGACAGAAGACCUCAAGCAAUUUUAUCCCAAUAGCCUCUUGGAAACUGGAAGUGACCUUCUGUUCUUCUGGGUGGCCCGGAUGGUUAUGCUAGGAAAACAACUAACAGGAGAGCUACCCUUUUCUCAGGUAUGGCCUGGAUGCAAAAUUUUACAGGAGAAGCUGCGAAGUAGUAAUUUGGAUCCAAGAGAGGUUGCCAUUGCUGUGGAAGGCCAGCGGCGAGAUUUCCCUCAAGGAAUUCCCGAAUGUGGCACAGAUGCUUUGAGGUUUGCCCUCUGCACAUACUGUGCACAAGGCAAUGGCAUUAACCUGGAUGUAGCCACAGUGGAGAAUGCUAAUCGCUUUUGCAACAAGGUGUGGAAUGCCAUGAAGUUCACUUUGGCAGCCUUGGGAGAAGGAUUUAACCCACUGGAUCCAGAGGAGGUCUUCCCUAGCUCCCCAAUGGAUAAGUGGAUUCUCAGCCGUUGCUAUCACACAGCAGUAGACUGUGCUCGCUGGUUUGAGGAAUAUGAGCUGCAUUCUGUUGCCUCUUCAGUUCAUCUUUUCUGGCUGUGUGAUUUUUGUGAUGUCUACUUGGAAUCUGUAAAACCCAUAUUGAGGAGCGGGGAUCCAUCUCGGCUCCUAGCCACCCGCCAGACUUUGUACAGCUCUGUGGACUUGGCUCUGCGCCUCCUGUCUCCCUUUAUGCCUUUCCUCACAGAGGAGCUAUGGCAGCGACUUCCCAAGAAGAGCUCCGGGUCUCCUCCCAGCAUCUGUGUGGCCAGAUACCCCAGCAAAGAACACCUGACUCAUUGGUGUCAUCCAGAGGAAGAGACAAACUUUCUGUUGGUACAGGAAGUCAUCAAAGUAGUGCGAAAUAUAAGGGCGACAUAUCAGCUCACUAAAGCUCGGCCCGCAGUGUACCUCAUGUGCCAAGAGGCAGUUCCAUUUGGUGCCUAUAAGAACUACCAAGAAGCAUUGCAAACUUUGUCCUUGGCUGGAUCUCUGAGGCUUCUUCCAGACAUUGAAGGAGCAGAGCCACCUGCAAGCUGUGUGGUUGCGAGGGCAAACAAUCACACUGACAUCUAUGUAGAUCUCCAGGGAUUAGUUGACCCCCAGAAGGAACUCUUCAAAUUGACAUCUCGGCAGCAGAAACUGGACCGGCAGCUGGCAGAUCUCACAGUACGGAUGGAAGAGAGCAGGUAUCAGGAACAGGUCUCCCUCAAGGCCAGGACUGCCCACCAGCAAAAGAUCUCCUUGCUUCGCUCAGAGUUGGAGAAGGUGGAACAGGCUGUAACAACCUUUCAGAAGAUGACUACGAAGUAAAGAUUGCGUCUGGAUAGGAACGAGUAAUGAGAACCAGCAAAAUUAAAUGUAUUCCAGAUAACUGGAUACAUGCUGAGACGGUAGAGACCAAGCACUGGGGAAACUGCUGGAAAGUUCAUAGAGUCCUGAAGCAACACAUUUUGUGAUGGAGCUCAUCUGCUGGGAUCAGUGUGUACUGCCUUCGUUUGGCCAUUGGGAGUCAACAGCUAAAUUCUAGAACCUCUUUAUGCAGACUUGCAACAAAACUCAUAGAGCUUCCAUAAAAGGGAUAUUUCUGUGUAGCAAAAGUCAACUAUGGCUGCAAGGGUUGAGAGCCAUAAGAACGUAUAAAACUCUUGUUUGACCAGUAGUGGUCACUCUUUUGAUUCAGGAAAGCCACAUAUUAUUCAUAUUUCUUGGAAGAUAUAGCGUCAGAUAUUAAAAUUUUCUCUGCAUUCUGCCUCAUUCUUCUCAAGUGAUGAAUUCACACACUGUGUAUAUAUAAUUCUGGUUUGGAAUUGGCGAUAGCGGCAGCCACUUGUCAGCGGUUCACCUAAUCAUGGAUGUUGGAGCUUUGCUCUUGUGAGAGCAUCAAAAAAGCUUUUGGGAAGCUGUUCAAUAUAUUAUAUCAAAGUUUGCAUGAGUUGUACUCCAGGAAUUGUUAAAAUACUUCAUUUGGAGAAAAAUUACACAAAGGACCAUUGGCUGGUUAUAUUAAUGAUACAGAUUUGAAAGAUCCUGACUUUGAAAAAAAGGCACGUGUUACCAGAACUUGAAGUGAGAUAUUCGAUGGUUUGAAAUGUAUAUACUUUAUUAAAAUGAAAUGGCAAAACCA